GAAACUGUUUUCAGUGCUUUUAUCUCUGCAAGUUUGAUCUUCAGUGGUCUCCUCUCAUCAAUGCAGACUGCAAACCCCAGCUGUCCUUUGCAAAACAAGCCCAGCUUCCCCGCCUCCUCCUCCUCCUCCUUCUCUGUCUUUUAAAUGGCAGACAUGAAGCCUCGUAAUCCCUACUUCGCUUGUGCAUGCAGCUUUAACAACGUGCUUUACCAAUGGGAGUGGAGCACACUUCCGUUUAUCUGAGCUCAUCCUGUGUGAUAAUUCCAGUGCGAUUUCCUCUCCCGUUUCGAUACAGAAUGUGGAAUUAGUGGCUGUCGCAUCUCUGUUUCCUCCCACAGCCGGACAGCCACAGAAGGCCACAAUAUGUAUCGAGAUUUUACUACCAGUUAGGUUUUCUGUAGAAGCACUGACUGCUUCGGUUUGUGUUCACCAGUCCACUCUCGGCCUUGACCACUACCUGGCACUGGGGUCUAUUUUAAUGAUCUAGACCAUGACAGACCUUAAUACCACCGGCCUGUAAACUCAGGACUUCUCGGUCCCUGACCACCUUUCAGCGCCUCCUCAAGACACACCUGUUCAGACAGCAUCUGUAAACCUCACAGCUCUCCACUAUGCUGGACUAGACGGCACCCAGCUGUACCAGUGCUUGCAUCAGCUUGUGCUUGCACUGAACUGCUCCACACUUUGCUGUAUUCCACCACUGCUCUCAAUCACAAUUCAAUUUUCUGUAUCUUGUGUUUGAUUUUACUCUUAAAGGUAACCGUACGCACGUUUUCUGUAAUUGCUCUUAUUUGAAAUCGUUCUUAUUAAUUUGUUAUACUAACUACUUGCCCUUAAUGGAAUUUACAUGUAUAUCCAAACAUUUUUAAGUUUAACUGCUCUGUCGUAAUCGCUCUCCAACGUAAUUAUUUACUGUAUUUUUAAAUUUCUCUUACUUUGCUCUUAUUGUAUUCUAUAACUGCUAUUAUCUGUAAUGUGAUACUUCCUAAGAACUAUAAGUCACCCUGGAUAAGGGCGUCUGCUAAGAAACAAAUAAUAAUAAUAAUUAUUAUUAUUAAUCUUGGCAGCCUAUGUAUCUAUGUAUGCAUGUUCAGUGCAGCAGGUACAUAUUCACCAGUCCCUACCCAGGUGUGUCUCCUCCUUCCUCGCUGUUCCUCUACCUGUUUUGAGCCCCCCUCCCUGGGGCGUGCCUCUCUUUGAAGCUGGAUCAGGUAAGCACAUAGACUGAGAUCUGACAGGGAAGGAAAACUCAAACCUGCAGCAGGAGAGAUGCUGUCUGCAGAGCUGUGAGGAGCCUGGACUGGAACUGGCAGACACACAGGAUAGCAAAGGGCUGCGGACUCGCUCGCUCGCUCACCUCACAUGCGCUGCACACAACACUGUGACUAAUAAGGAGCGGAUGCAUCUACAGCUGACUGCACCCUGAGCACAACCCAACCGAAUCAACACAGCUAAGAAACUGAAGGUUACAGCCUGGGCCGUGACGCUGCCCUGUCACACGUAGAGUCAGAAGUGAGAAGUACCCAGAACAAAAAAAAAACAUACAGGAACAAACAAAACACGAGCCAGCAUACACUUUAUUUGAAGUCAAGGAGGUGCUGAAAUCCUGCUUAACCACCUACAGCUGUUUGUAAUUCUAAUUAAAAAUGAUCGCUGUGGUGUGACGGGAGGUGGACAUACCUGUAUAAAAAAGAAAAAACACUAAGCGGUAUAUCAGUCCAGUGAAUCUCUUUGAUUGCCAGUGAGGAUGAACAGUGGCUUCUCGCGCAGACCCACCGUGGUCCCUGGGAGCUGUGUGCAGUACGGGAUAGCACCCUCUGGUGGUCACAUCCAAUCACACCACCACCCGCACCCACACCGCCCCCCUGGGGGGCACGGGGACCCCCUGGCGCACGUGCCCUUCUUGCUGUACCCCGCUAACGUCGACCCCGGCUACUACGACACGUCCUACGGGGGCGCCCUGUUUCCCUACGUCCCUUUCCACGGGCGCCUCGGGGUGUACGACUGCCCGUUCGAGCCCGCUUUCAUCCUGAAGCGCAACGAGCGGGAGCGCCAGCGGGUGAGGUGCGUGAACGAGGGCUACGCCCGCCUGAGGGACCACCUGCCUGGCACCGCGUCUGAGAAACGGCUCAGCAAAGUGGAGACGCUACGAGCAGCCAUCCAGUACAUCAAGUACUUACAGGAGCUGAUCAGCAGGAUGCCAACCAGGGGCUCGGGAGGGGAGCCCGAGGCAGAGGAGAGAAACAACAAGGCUUCCACAAAUACCAGUUCAGCAGAGCCCCUCCCCAACAGCGACGGGGAAUCGCAGAAUCUGUCAUCCGCCUCUUCAUCCCCCUACUGCCAGUCAGAGGAGCCGAUGAGCUAGGAGACUCUGGGCUCCAUGCUGUACGAUAUUUUAUACAGGCAGACCACACAUGACAGGACAACGACGCCUAGUUACGCUUGCUUCAGCACUGCUGGUCUCUUCCAGCGCAGCGGAACAGGGUAAAUCAUCUCUCUGUGAGCCAGCCAACACUGUAGUGGACCCGGGUUCAAAUUAAACCAGGGACACCUGUUUGAAAAGAGUUACGGGGGUGUCUCGGUCUCCAGGGAUCAUUUCAGUCUCGAAUAGAGGAAGUUCUGGGAUCAGUCGGCUGCUAGGAAUUGGGGGAGGCUAGAGGCUUGAACUGAGGCCCCUCGUUCAGAACAGUAAAACCCCCUGCUGAAAUCCACCUCUCGUAAGAAAACUAAUGUUAUCACUGGUAAUUAGCUAAAAUACUCCUUUUAAAUAAACCGUGAGCCUUUUUUUACAAGAAUUGUGACUUCAGUCUCCACUGGUCCAUCGGUUGGCUUUGUAUCCUAGCUAAGGUAUGUGUGUUAGCUGACACAAAGUCCACUGUAAUGCUAUUUACCCCCAAACAUGGGGUCUGCAUCUUAGCAGAUCUGAUUCAUACCAGCUUUAUAUAAAACCAGCCCUUUCUCUAUAGACUUUCAAACCAUGUACUUCCCAUGACUAAAUCUGUGUGUGUGAGUUUUAUCAUGUCUGCCACAAUAGUUUGUGGUUCUUUUUUUUAUAUAUUUGAAAACACUGUGUAUAUUGCUGCUGGUGCAAAAUAUUUAAUUUCAUUUCAUCUUUGUUUAAUUAUUGAAUUUUCAUGCUUCUUUUGCACUUUACCCAAACUUAGGUAUUUCUUUUUGUAUGUGUAGAACUGUCCUAGAAAUUAAGAAGCAAGGCAGUGCCUUCUGUUGCAAAGCAAUUUCUAAUAAAACGUAUUUAAA